CAAGAUGGCGGCGGGCGACGCUGUUGGGAGGUACCGCAGCACUGUGGGCAGGAGCAAGGACCCCUCGGGGCUGCUCAUCUCGGUUAUCAGGACUUUAUCCACCAGCGAUGACGUGGAGGACCGGGAGAACGAGAAGGGGCGGCUGGAGGAGGCGUACGAGAAGUGUGACCGCGACCUGGACGAGCUGAUCGUGCAGCACUACACGGAGCUGACCACGGCCAUCCGCACCUACCAGAGCAUCACCGAGCGCAUCACCAACUCCCGCAACAAGAUCAAGCAGGUGAAGGAGAACCUGCUGUCCUGCAAGAUGCUGCUGCACUGCAAGCGGGACGAGCUGCGCAAGCUGUGGAUCGAGGGCAUCGAGCACAAGCACGUCCUGAACCUCCUGGACGAGAUCGAGAACAUCAAGCAGGUCCCUCAGAAGCUGGAGCAGUGCAUGGCCAGCAAGCGCUACCUCAACGCCACCGACAUGCUGGUGUCAGCAGUGGAUUCCCUGGAGGGUCCCCUCCUGCAGGUGGAGGGGCUGAGCGACCUGAGGCUGGAGCUGCACAGCAAGAAGAUGAACCUGCACCUGGUGCUGAUCGACGAGCUGCACCGGCACCUCUACAUCAGAUCCACCAACCGCGUGGGGCAGCGCGGCAGGGACAGAGCCCGCCUCGGGUCCCUUGUGAAAGACUCCUCUCCUGUGCCUCUGAUGGAUGUCACUAAUUUAUCUACACCUCGGAAAUUCCUUGAGACUUCCCAGUUCAGUACUCCUGGAAGCUCCAGCAUGCGAGACUCGAGCCUUCUGGAAAUCAAAGAGGACACAGAGCUGGAUCCAGAGGAGAACAGUGCUGUCUUCAUGGGAAUCCUCAUCAAGGGGCUGGCCAAGCUGAAGAAAAUCCCAGAAACAGUGAAAGCCAUCCAGGAUCGCUUGGAACAGGAGCUCAAGCAGAUUGUGAAGCGCUCCACCACUCAGGUGGCUGACAAUGGCUACCAGAGAGGGGAGAACAUUUCCCAGGAAAAUCAGCCUAGGCUGCUGCUGGAGCUGCUGGAGCUGCUCUUUGACAAGUUCAACGCCGUGGCCGCCGCGCACGCCGUGGUGCUGGGCCACCUGCAGCAGACUGUGGCCUCUCCCUGCAGCCAGCACGAUGGGGACAUCAAGCUCUACGACAUGGUGGACGUGUGGGUGAAGAUCCAGGAUGUCCUGCAGAUGCUGCUGACGGAGUACCUGGACAUGAAGAACACGCGCACGGCCUCGGAGCCCUCGGCCCAGCUCAGCUACGCCAGCUCCGGCCGCGAGUUUGCCGCCUUCUUCGCCAAGAAGAAACCCCAGAGACCCAAGAACCCUCUCUUUAAGUUUGAAUCCUCAUCCCAUGCCAUCAGCAUGAGUGCCUACCUGAGGGAGCAGAGGAGGGAGCUGUACAGCAGGAGUGGGGAGCUGCAAGAAUUUAAGGUGGAGUGUGAGCAGGACAAAGCUGUGAACGAGCACGCGGGUGCUGAGGUUAAUUAG